GUCUCAUUCAGUUACUCUAUUCUAGUUCUCUUCAGGGCUUUAGGAAAAGCAUGGAGUUAGGCCUUUUUUAUGUUUAAUAACUUUUGACAUUUUUUGUACUCAGAAUGUGUUUGGACUGCUUUUAGAAAUGUUUUGGACUUAGGCCUUUUUCAAAAAAUUGAAUUUUGAAGGCAUGGACAUAGGCCCCUUUAGUGAAAAUAUCCAUAUGGUGCUUAGUCCUUUUAAUUUAAAAUUAGUAAGCAUUAAAGAAGCCUAAGUCCUUUUUGUUGUUUUUACUUUGUAGCAUAUGAUUUAUUUACUUUGCCAUUAACAGCUUUUGAUCCAAGAAACAAAAUCAUAAUCAUGGCUUUCAGAAAAGUUUUACUUCCAUACCUAUAAAUAUUAAAAAUGACUUCAGAAUCAAGUAAAAACUUGAAUCCCAUUUUUCUCAAAAUCAAGAAAAUGGACUUGGCCUCUUUAGAUUUAAGGCUCUCAGGACUUAGGCCCCUUUAGAACUAAGGUAGCGAAUUAGAAGAUAUGGUGUGUGACAUAUUAGCCUCACAAAAUGGGUCAUCUUUUCAAAGUUAUCCUGUGUUCCUAACUCCUGAAAAAUACAUAUCAGAUUUAUAAAAAGCAGAAGUGAUGACUCGAAAGUUUGGAACAAAUUAAUGGAAGAUUCUCCAUUCAAGUCUGGAAAUAGACUAAUCUCAACAUCAUUACCAGAUAAAACCUGUAAUAAAGAGAAUGAAUCUAGAAUUGCAAAGCCAACCUUUGAGGCACCCAAAAGUUUUUCAGUUUCUUCUAUGUUACGUCUAGGAAAAGUGAUAUCUGAUAGUUGUAUCUUUUUAUUAAUAGUUAUCUAACUAAUACAGCUGCAUGGGACCCUGAGUUUAUAUCAACUGAAGUAUCACCAAAGUAUCAAUCUAGUUGGACAGGAUCAAACUAACUUGACAUAAUAAUUAUGGCAUAUGGCUCAAUGAGAGAGAUAAAGCUGUGCUUACUUGGAGACGCUGGUGUUGGCAAGUCAUGUUUAGUAUUACGUUUUGUUAGUGAUAGGUUUGAUUUGCAUACCACUGCAACAAUUGGUGCAUCGUUUAUGUCAAAAACGUUUAAUGUUGGUGACAAAGCAUUUAAGUAUCAAAUAUGGGACACAGCAGGUCAAGAAAAAUAUAAAGCUCUGGCACCAAUGUAUUACAGAGGAGCAGCUGCUGCUAUAGUUGUUUAUGAUUUAACAAAUGAAACUACUUUUCAGAGUGUAAAAUUAUGGGUCAAGGAAUUAAAACAGAUUGGUCCUCCAAAUAUUGUUAUUGCUAUAGCUGGAAAUAAAAGUGAUUUAAAAGAUCAAAGAGAAGUGAGUUUAGAAACUGGUGUGGAAUAUGCUGAAAGUAUCAAUGCUGUUUUUGCAGAAGUGUCUGCUUUGACAUCUGAUAAUGUAAACUAUUUGUUUGAAGAUAUAAGUCGGCGACUACCUCCAGAAAAGCCAAGUUAUUCACCUGGUGGUUUAAAACCCUUAGUUAAACCUUCUCCAAGGACAAAUUAUAAAUGCUGUUAGAGUUUUUCUUGUAAUGUUUGUUGCAUUAGCACCUUAGUUUUUAUUAAGUAUAUUUUCACUUUUGAUUUGCUGUUUUUAAUGUAAAAUUAGUAACUUUGGGUACGUAAUUUUCAUAAUUUUAGAUUUUCAGGCAAGGCAAUAAAAUUAUUGCUUUUGAAAUGUUUCACAGGCCAUUCAUUCAUGACAAUUAAAUAAAUUUCCACUUGUAUUCGUCCUCCAUUCCAACUGUUGAGCAAGUGCUUUUGGCUUGUUUCAAGUGAUGCAAGCCCAAAAACCUAUACACCUUCAAGAACAUGACACCACAGCUGAUGCUGAUGAUGAUUAUGGGCAAGAGGAAGCUGAGUUUGAUAAUGAUGUAUCCUUGCAAAACCAAGAACUGUUUCAGAAAAUGUAUUUCUUUAGAAACGUGUUGGCAAGAUUAAGUCACACUAAUAAAUCUCCUCGGUAGAAAUGAAAAAGGGGUAGAAAUAAGUAGGGGAGAAUAAAAAAGGGAUAGAAAUAAAAAAGGGGUAGAAUUAAAAAGGUUAGAAAUAAAAAGGCAUAGAAAUAAAACAGGCAUAUAAUUAAAAAGAGGUGGAAAUAAAAAGGGGUAGAAUUAAAAAGGGGUAGAAAUGAAGAGAGGUUUAUGAGGAAUUUUUUCUGGUGACAUUUUGAUGUUUAAUGGUCUGAUUAAAGUACUUCAUCGUAAUAACACAACAAACUUUGAUGUCCUUCCCUGUAAUAAUCAUCUUUUGUUACAAAAGCUUUAUAUAUAUGAUAUUUUUCUAUAUUAUAUAAAUUAUUUUUUAUGCAGUGUAAAAGACGCUAGAUGGAAAAUCAUGCUUAUUUUUCCAUUUUUUUUUAUUAAGUAUUUUUUUUUAACUUUAAAUGACAUUCUUUAAUGAUAUUUUUUAUAUAAAUCUUUGUAAAGUUUCAUUUAAAUUGUUGUAUAAACGUUUUUCCAGUUUCAAGCAACUACUAAAUUCAUAGUAUAUCUUAAGUAUUGAUAUAUGAAUUUCAAAAUUCAGCAGUCUUGUCUACAUAGCAAAAAGCUCUUGAAAAACGGUAGAAAUCGAGAGAAAAAAAACAUCAAAUUCUCUUUCACGAAAUUCUCAAAAUUUAAUUCUCACACAAUAUUAGGAAUUAUUUUCCAAAAAAUAAUUGUAAUUUUUGAUUUUUUUUGCAUAACAGUUUUUUCUAAAUUCAAAGUAAUUAUUCUGUAACGAAUUUAAAUUUUUAAGAUAAUUUGUCUUCUGCAUUUAAAAUAUGGACUUUUUACUUUUAUAUUUUUUGUGAUAUUUAUUUUGCAGCUCGUGUAUAUUUCCUUAAAGUUCCCUUUUAAAUUUUUACAAAGUUUUUCCUUUUUUUUCAAUUAAUAAUGUGUUUUAUUUGUUUUGACCAGAUGAAUGUUUGUGCUCAAAAGAAAAAGAAAGACGAGUUUUGUCCUACAUAUUCCAAAAAGAUUUGAUUUCUUAUUUUCAACCCUUUUUCUUUGUAGAAAUUUUAAAUGAACUUAUUGAUGUUUAAAGCCAGGCCGAAUCCCACUAUCAAUUUUCCUGGAUAGUUUAUAACUUCGCAAUUUUAUUGCUUUUGUAGCUGUAUAACUAUAGCUACAGAUUAUUUUUCAUGUUCAUUUUUUAGGUUUAGUGAAUUUGAACAUAACUUUAAAUUUAUAUAUUUGACGUGGCACUCAUCCCAAGACAACCUUCUUUUGCAGUA